AUGGGAAGACAUUCUUGUUGUUAUAAGCAAAAGCUGAGAAAAGGCCUUUGGUCUCCUGAAGAAGAUGAGAAACUUCUCAAUUACAUAACUAGACAUGGUCAUGGCUGUUGGAGUUCUGUCCCUAAACUCGCAGGUUUGCAGAGAUGUGGAAAAAGUUGUAGGCUUAGGUGGAUAAACUACUUGAGACCAGACUUAAAGAGGGGAGCUUUCUCUCAAGACGAAGAAUGUUUGAUCAUUGAGCUCCAUGCUGCGUUAGGCAACAGAUGGUCCCAAAUCGCAACUAGGUUACCAGGGAGAACAGACAACGAGAUCAAAAACUUUUGGAACUCAUGUCUUAAGAAGAAGCUGAGAAGAAAAGGCAUUGAUCCAACGACACAUAAACCCCUAAUAAGCGACCUUCAAUCUCUUCACGUCAUAGAUCAGAAGCUGACGUCAUCAGCUGCUUCAGAAGUAGUAAAGUCAACGGGCUCGAUGAACAACAACCCACAUGACCAGUCCAUGGUAGUUUCAGCGCAAUCAGGUCAGUGGUGGUUUCCGACGACCACGACGACGGCUAAUCAAAACGCUGCGUUUUGCUUUAGUUCAAGUACGACUCCAACGGUUUCAGACCAGAUCGUAUCUUUAAUCUCAUCAAUGUCCACGUCAUCAUCUCCGACACCAUUGACCUCAAACUUCAUUAAUCCUGUUCCAAACAACUGGGAACUCAACUACUGCAACAACACAGUUCCAUCUCAGAGCAACAGUAUCUACAGUGCCUUCUUUGGUAAUCAGUACACAGAAGCUAGCCAAAUCAUAAACAACAACAACAAUAAUAAUAAUAAUAAUAAUAAUAAUAAUCAAGUAGUGGAUCAUCCUCAUCAUCAAGACAUCAAGUCAUGGGCAUCAGAGAUUCUUCAUUACACAGAUCAUAACCAAAGCUCAGAAACUGGUUUAGAAGCUGAAGUGAAGCCAGACAUAGCCAAGUACUACUGGAGAUCAACAUCAUCCUCGUCAUCUCCAAACGAAGAAGCUGCAACAUUACUACAUGAUGCUGACGUGGAGUUGUACGGUAAAAAUCUACAAAAACUUAAUAACAUGGCGUUUGAUCAGAGGCUUUAG